ACAUCAUCCUGCGGCUGUGGCAGUUGCUCAAAGGAGAAGGAAGACGAGGGUUCCUGGUUUUCCGAGCGUUUCAAAGCCUCGUUUCACCCGCUACUGUCACGCAACAGCAGUGUCCUCAAUGAAAAGGCAUCCAAAUGGUGGAAGGGGUUACAGCCUUUUCGGGGACAGCCCGACUACAGAGUGGUUGUGGAAAAGUUGUUUCAACUCAUUCCUGACCGGGAGUACUACCGGGAUGGAAGUCCAGACCGCUGCAGGGUGUGUUCUGUGGUGGGCAACUCUGGGAAUCUGAAGAACUCUCACUAUGGACCUCUGAUCGAUGCCAGCGAUUUUGUCCUCAGGAUAAACAAAGGUCCUACCAAAGGCUUCGAGCAGGAUGUGGGAUCAAAAACUACUCAUCGCAUCAUUUAUCCUGAAAGUGCUGUUGAUGUCGACAACUCUACUCACCUGGUGCUGGUUGCUUUCAAGCCCCUGGAUAUGGAAUGGCUGAUAAAUGUCUUCACCACACACCGUGUCAGACAUACAUACACACGUGUGAAGUCAACAAUAAAAGCAAAUAAAAGCUUGGUGAGUUAUGAUUAG